GUAGUCGUUCGAAUGGAUCAUAGAUUCUGAUGAUGACGUUCACAUCAAAAUCUUAGCGCGAAGAGAGGGGGGAGGACGGAGGGGCGGCGGAGGUGCUUCUCCUUGUGUGUGAGGCAAACUAGCGUAACGGUUGUUGUGUGGGCAGGUCGCAAGAGAAAGAGAGAGAGAGAGAGAGAGAGAGAGAGAGAGUACAGAGAGGAGAAGGUGGCAAUGGCUAUGGCGGCGGGAUGUCAUGGCAGUGGGAGAGCUCUUUGUUCUCGCCGACGUGCUGCGCGGCCGACGGCCAUGGCCGCGGUUCUGGUGACGGCGGCGACAGCUAUGGUGGUGGCAGUGUCUCUGCUUCCUGGAGUUCAUGGCUAUGGCGUGAAAGAGUUUCUGAGCGCUUACACGAAUCCCAGCGUGAGCCGCAUCGAGGUGAAGGGAGAUGUGACCCUCGAUCGCGAUCUGCCGGAGCUGACCAGAGCGCUGACGAUCGUCGGGGUCGGGAGCAAGCGACCGGUCAUCCACGGUCGCGGCAAGUACAGCGGCAUUGUCGCGCAGGCCGAUCUAACGGUCAGCAACGUGGAGUUCCGUUCUCUGGUGACCCGCAGGGUUGAGGGAGGGGGAGCGAUCACCGCUUCGGGGGACAAGUUGGUACUUGACAACUGCGUCUUCAGGGGCAAUCGCGCAAGAAGGUCGGAAGAUCCCGACUCGGGAAGCGGCGGCGCAUUGAACAUAGCCGGACCGUUCUUCACAAUCAGUCGCUGUCAUUUCAUGGGCAAUCGAGCGGACGGCAACGGAGGGGCAAUCAGAACACUCAGCGAUACUGCGGGCAGUCUUACCAGCUGCAAGUUUGCGAGCAAUGUGGCGGGCAAUCGGGGAGGAGCCGUCGCUCUGAGGCCUGGAACCGUACACGUGGACAGCUGCAGCUUCGAGGGGAACAAAGCCGGCGGCGAGGGCGCAGGAGCUCUGUCCUGCUCCGAGGCGUCGUGCAUCGUGUCCAACAACGUGUUCAAGAACAACGUCGCGACCUACAAGUCGGGAUUGGGAGGAGCGAUCCGUUUCUACACCGAGGACGAGGGCUCGCCCGCUCUCUGCAAAGGCAACAGCUUCUCGGGGAACAGAGCGAACGGGAACCGCAAAUCGGAUAACCUCUUCAUCCUGCUGGCCGAAGGAGAGACCGGUCUGUUCGAGAUCUGCGACUCCAAGCCGCCGCCGCGCACGCUCAUUGACAACGAGGCCGCCACCAGCGUCAAGUACAACGCCUGCGGACGAUGCUGACGUGGCAGCACGAUCCACGUGGCGGCGCGCAGGAUGACGUAGCUCAAAGUCUUUGGACGAUACUGCUGACGCGGCUGGCGUGUGAACGACGAAGUGCUGACGUGGCUCGAUGACAUCAAUCACGUGGCGUCGGACAGCGUGGAUAAAAAUGCCUAUGGGCGAUUCUGCUGACGUGGCUUGGCAGCUAGUGACGUGUAGCUUGAUGACGAGGAAAUGCCUGUGGGCGAUGCUGCUGACGUGGCUUGCUCGCGUUAGAAUGCCCGUGGGCAAUGCUGCUGACGCGGCUUGACAGCUGGUGAUGUGGCUUGGUGACCAAGGACUCGUUGCUCGACUGACUGAUUGAUUGAUUGAUUGAUUAGCGAUUGAUUGGUUGAUUGAUUGAUUGAUUGAAAAGCGAUUGACGUUGACUUAACGGUCAUCAUAUCAUUAUCAUUUUCGUCGUUGUUUGUUUGAUUUAUGCAAACUUCAGCAGAUUCUGAACUGCGCGACGCUAAAAAAAACGUUUAAAAGCGUAGCCGAGUUUAAACCUCAGUUCAGCUUCAGGGUUCAGGGUUUGCGGUCUCUGUUCGAGUCACCAGUGGAUCUCCCGCGCUGGACCUCCUUCAGCCCUUCCGCCGUUCCCUCGCUGGCAACCAAGAUCAUCAUGAAUCAUGAUUAUGGAUGGAUAAGCGGAGCCUGCUGCGCUCCACGCCUCAUGAUUAUGGUCAGAUUCAUCCAGGUCUGGCCGCAAUUGCAGUCAGAUGCAUUGAAUUUUUGGGAACGUCGUAGUGUGAGUUUGUCCUGAGUUACGGUUUAGUGUUUAGAUAGCGAAUCAUGCGGAAUUGAUUGUGACCUCGGUGUUCUGCUGUGCUUCUACUUUUCACCUUUUUGUCACUUUUUGGUUACUCGGUGAAUUUCUGUUACCGUUCUGUCGCCUUUUUGCUUACUCAGUGAAUUUUUUUGAUCCGCUUUUUCGCUUACUCAGUGAGUUUUGUUUAUCAGCAUUUUUGCUUACUCAGUCAGUACCGAGGGUUCGUGACAAACUGUCGCUGGACGUGGGCUUGGCCAAGAGAGUGCCUUGUCUUGCCUUGCCUUGCCCCGUGUGGUUACAGUACAGCAACACUGUGAGGGAUGCCGGGCCCGGUUCCCGGCUUGCAAUC